GUUUCGAGGCGGCACCGUGUAAAUGCGGCUCUUAGCGGUGAACAAAAAUACACACACAGCUUGUAAGCGCUAGCGAACGGCAGAAGAAAAACCACCAGCAGAGAGUGUACAAUCAGCAAACGCGCCACUCAGACGCUGUGCGGGUUCCGUCAACAAAAUUCUUACGAAACAAACCCCAGCCGAAGAUACAGCAGCCUGCACCGACUGAACUGAUUGUGCCGGACCAGCAGAAAAGAAAACAAGGAUGGCGUUUAACUUCCCCGCAUUCAGCUACAUCGUGGCAUUAAUUAUCGAUGCCUUUCUCAUAUUCUUUUCCAUCUUCCACGUGAUUGCCUUCGACGAGCUGAAGACGGACUACAAAAACCCGAUCGAUCAGUGCAAUUCGCUCAAUCCGCUCGUCCUGCCGGAGUACGGGCUGCAUAUACUGUUCAAUUUGCUGUUCCUAUUUUCGGGCGAAUGGCUAUCGCUCGCCCUUAACAUACCGCUCAUCGCGUACCAUAUAUGGAGGUACGCUAACAGGCCGGUUAUGUCGCAGCCGGGACUGUACGAUCCUACCAGCAUCAUGAAUACGGAUGUGUUGCGAGCGUGCUUACGGGAAGGUUGGAUUAAGCUGGCGGUGUACCUUUUAUCGUUCUUCUACUAUCUUUACGGCAUGAUAAUGGCUCUGAUUGCCUCGUAAACGGCAAGGCGGUAAGUGACACACCAAGACACGAGCCUCCGUCGAGUGAGCUUUAAGAAAAAACGGUCUAGAUAUUGUGAGAGUAGUAUUGUAAAGCAAAGCAAAGGGAAAAAAAGAAUCGCGUAACUAAUUGCCAUGAUUAUUGCUUUUGUAAUGUUUCGUUCGCUCAGAACGAUUCAUCUGGCUGCAGUACAUUUCGAUCGCUAAUUCGGAUUGGUCUUGAUCAUCUCCAAUUUUGUAUAGUUAUCACAUUUCGUUGCUAAUUACAAACAAAAAAAAAAAACACUAAAUAGAUCUCCCAAAUAGGCAAUAUAACUUCUAAUUUCAACAGCAACAAAAAUGUCUUUAAAAGUGCUCUUAUCAACUUAUAAAAAAUUCAGUAACUAAGUAUAUAAUUAAUGCAAUCCGUUCACGCAAUUAAUCAUAUAAUCAUUUAAAUCAAUUUUUUUUGAAAUUUACAAAACAAAAACAGUAUAUUCCAUUAUCAAAAUGGAUAGCUCGUUCGAGCGAAAUCGAGCGCCGCAAAUAAUUUCAAGACAAGCCCGUGUUAACGAUCGAAAAAAAAGAAACACUGUAAUAUAAACUCUUUAUUUUCAUUCAUCAACGAUAAUACCGAGAAGGCGUCAUCUGAUCGUCCAGUGACUGACGACUAGUGAAUACUUAUUUAUUCCGUUCAUUUAUGGAUAAUUUCAUUCCCCCUUUUUCGACUGCCAACUGCUGUUGCAACUGGGCGAUUGAAAGAGGGUUGGCAACGGCAGACGAUCUUGACGAUAAUCAAACGACCAGCGCAUGCAUCAGCCAGGACACUCUCAGAUCAGUGAAUAGAAUUAUACAAUGGGUGUGUAGAGCGAAUGACAACGCAUAUACAGCCACACAGGCACACGAUGUUUUCCUGUUACUCAAUAAACCAAACUGAACCCUUUUCGAAAUUACUAACAACGUAAUGAUAACGCCGGUUUAGGUUCUCAUAUAGUCUUUA